UCUAGCGUCAAGGCUGGUAUUCGCGACCGUACAACAGCUUUUAUUGUUUCCGAGAAUUCAUGGCCGUCGUUCAUGUAUGAGAACUAUGAAGCUGAUACCAAGAACCUGGAGCGCGGGCUUUUUAAGUCGAAGCUACUAAUUAUGGGUUUAAAGGCCAUAUUUACUUCUCCUUCUUCUGCUAAUGAAGUGGAUGGCGAGGGUGAUGGCGCCGACAUUAUUGAGAAUAACCGGCACACCCGGAGACGAACCAAUCAAGCCAAGGUAAAGACAUGCGUUGCCUCUAUCAUAGGUAUGAGGAAGGUAACUCCUCGCGCAAUAGCAUAUGCGGCUUGCCAAAUUCGAUUUGCACUUUCCAACCUCACGUCCUGGCGCACAGUAGAUGGAGAUUUUGAUUACCAUCUUUUCUGGAACAAUGUGGUGGACUUCUUCAAGGAUGCCCCAGGACCAGCUGCGUGA